AAUGAACAUGCGGAGAUGGUGCCCACGUUUUUACCUCACCAGAGAAUAUUUUUCUCGUUCGCUUUGCUGGCCUUGCUAGGUUCCCGCCACCCCGCCUCUUACAAGGCCACACCCUCCAGCUCCUCGCCGCAGACGGCCUGGAGGCGGUGCGGGCAGGCGGCCAUUUUGUGGCGCUGCUCGGUCGCUGGCGCUGAGCACAGCCUGGGGACCGGGGCCUGAGUGGCGAGUUAGUUUCUUUCUAACCCCCUCUUUUUCCCGUACAGGCCCCCUCGCUCUGAAACUUAACUGACUGUAAUGAAAAAUAGAAGGAAGCGUAUUGUAAGUCUAAAAGUUGGUUUUAAUUGGUUGCCCACAGGAUUGCCUUGGCUUCUGCUACUUGUUAAGGAAAAAAUACACCUCUCUUUGCAGGUGUGUGUGUUUCAGCACAGCAUGGCUGUGGUAAUCCGCUUACAAGGUCUCCCAAUUGUGGCGGGGACUAUGGACAUUCGUCACUUCUUCUCUGGAUUGACCAUUCCUGAUGGGGGCGUGCAUAUUGUAGGGGGUGAGCUGGGUGAGGCUUUCAUCGUCUUUGCCACUGAUGAAGAUGCAAGGCUUGGUAUGAUGCGCACAGGUGGUACCAUUAAAGGGUCCAAAGUAACACUAUUGCUGAGCAGUAAAACUGAAAUGCAAAAUAUGAUUGAACUCAGUCGCAGACGUUUUGAAACAGCAAAUCUAGAUAUGCCACCAGCAAAUGCUAGCAGAUCUGGGCCACCACCUAGCUCUGGAAUAAGCAGCAGGGUGACUCUUCCGACUACAGUACCUAACUUUAACAGUCCCUCUCCUAGUGUAGUAACUGCAACUACUUCAGUUCAUGAAAGCAACAAAAACAUACCAACAUUCUCCACUGCCAGUAUGGGAACUGCACCUCCCAGUCUUGCUGCUACUUUUGGAAGCCCCACCUUUAGCUCCACUAUACCUAGUACAGCAUCCCCAAUGAACACGGUACCACCACCGCCAAUACCUCCUAUCCCAGCUCUGCCUUCAUUGCCCCCAAUGCCUUCUAUUCCUCCCAUCCCUGUCCCACCUCCUGUACCUACACUGCCUCCUGUUCCUCCAGUUCCUCCAAUACCUCCUGUGCCCCCUGUGCCACCUAUGACACCACUGCCUCCUUUAUCAGGAAUGCCUCCUAUGAAUCCCCCACCUGUAGCACCUUUGCCUACUGGAAUGAAUGGGUCUGGAACAGCAAUGAAUAUGAGCAGUAACUUGAAUCCAAUGUUCAUAAGUCCCAUAAAUCCUAUUCAAAUCAAUUCUCAAAGUAGUGUGAAAUCACUUCCUAUCAAUCCAGAUGAUUUAUAUGUCAGUGUCCAUGGAAUGCCAUUUUCAGCAACAGAAUCUGAUGUCAAAGACUUUUUCCAUGGACUUCACGUGGAUGCAGUGCAUAUACUGAAAGAUCAUGUAGGACGAAAUAAUGGAAAUGGAUUAGUUAAGUUUUGUUCUCCUCAGGAUACAUUUGAAGCCUUGAAGCGAAACAGGAUGCUGAUGAUUCAGCGCUAUGUUGAAGUUGGUCCUGCAACAGAGAGACAGUGGGUGUCUGCAGGAGGCCACAUAACAUUCAAGCAAACCAUGGGGCCUUCUGGACAAAACCAUCCUUCUCCUCAGACACUAUCUAUGUCUAAAUCUCCUAAUGGCCAGAAAAGAUCCAGAUCCAGAUCUCCACAUGACCAGGGCUUCUGUGUUUAUUUAAAAGGUCUUCCUUUUGAAUCUGAAAACAAACAUGUAAUAGAUUUCUUUAAAAAGCUAGAUAUUGUGGAAGACAGUAUUUACAUAGCUUAUGGACCUAAUGGGAAAGCACUUGGUGAAGGUUUUGUUGAGUUCAGAAAUGAAACUGACUAUAAAGCAGCUUUAUGUCAUCAUAAGCAGUACAUAGGAAAUCGUUUCAUUCAAGUUCAUCCCAUAACUAAAAAAGCUAUGUUAGAAAAGAUAGAUAUGAUUCGGAAAAGACUGCAGAACUUCAGCUAUGAUCAGCGCGAGAUCAUGAUGAAUACUGAAGGGGAAACUGGCCCUUCUAAACUAUGCGCACAUAUAUCCAAUAUCCCCUACAACAUUACUAAAAUAGAAAUCCUUCAGUUUCUAGAGGGACUGUCUGUGGAAGAGAACUCUAUACAAAUUCUUGUUGAUACUAACGGGCAAGGUUUAGGACAAGCACUGGUCCAGUUCAAAACUGAAGAAGAUGCUCGUAAGUCGGAGCGCCUGCAUCGAAAGAAACUGAAUGGGAGAGAUGUUGUGCUAAGAGUAAUUUCCCUUGAAGAAAUGAGAGAAAUUGAGAGAAAUCCUCCCUCGCAAGGGAAAAAAUUUUUGAAAAUGCCAUUGCAAGGGAGUACAGUAAUGCCAGGAGUGCAGAAUGCUGGUGGGGAUGAUCAUCCUUUCAUAGGUAGUAGCUCAAAAGAUGCAAACAGUGGUCCUCCUUUUCAUUUUCCCAGCAAUUUCAGUGGGUCUAAUGCAUUUGGUCCCCCUCUUCCACCUCCAGGAAUGGGAGGUGGCUUUGGUGAUUCCAGGCCAGGAAUGCCUUCUAUUGGAAGUACUGGCCUGCCUGGUUCAGGAAUUGAUGUUCCAGGUUUUGGAGGAGGGCCUAGUAAUUUAACUGGGCCAUCAGGUUUUGGAGGGGGUCCUCAGAACUUUGGAAAUGGGCCUGGUAGUUUAACUGGUCCUCCUAACUUUGGUAGUGGUCCUCCAGGUCUUGGUAGUGGGCUUGGACAUUUAAGUGGACCUCCAGGGUUUGGACCUGGUCCUGGAAACUUACAUAUUACUGGGCCACCUGGGUUUGGAGCUGGCUCUGGAAAGCCAGGGCCAACUGUGAUUAAAGUUCAGAAUAUGCCCUUUACUGUGUCAGUGGAUGAAAUUUUGGAUUUCUUCUAUGGUUACCAAGUAAUCCCAGGUUCAGUGUGCUUAAAAUACAAUGAGAAAGGCAUGCCCACAGGUGAAGCAAUGGUUGCAUUUGAGUCUCGUGAUGAAGCAAUGGCAGCUGUUGUUGAUCUGAAUGACAGGCCAAUAGGGUCAAGAAAAGUCAAACUUAUGGCUCACUGUGUGACAAAGGUGGAACUGUCCAUAUCCUGUGACAAUCUGCUUGAUAAAGAUGUUGGCUCAAAAUCGGAUCCGCUUUGUGUCUUGCUUCAAAAUGUUGGUGAAGACCAAUGGAGUGAAUUGGAUCGAACUGAAAAAAUAAAGAAUUGCCAGAAUCCUCAAUUUUCUAAGAAGCUGCUGAUUGAUUAUUAUUUUGAGAAAGUUCAGAAACUGAAAUUUGGUAUAUACGACAUUGAUAACAAAUCAUAUGACUUAAACGAUGAUGACUAUCUUGGAGGGGCUGAGUGCACCUUGGGGCAGAUUGUGUCAAGUAAAACACUUAUUCAGCCUUUAUUGCUGAAGAAAGGAAAGCCUGCAGGAAAGGGCACUGUUACGAUUUCUGCAGAAGAGAUUAAAGACACUAGAGUUGUGUCCAUAGAUGUUGAAGCUCGGAAUUUAGACAAAAAAGAUUUUUUGGGCAAAUCUGAUCCAUUUUUGGAGUUUUAUAAGCAGAGUGAUAGUGGAAAAUGGCAGCUUGUCUACCGAUCAGAGGUAAUUAAGAACAAUUUAAAUCCCUGCUGGAGAAAGUUCAGUGUUCCUCUGCAAACAUUCUGUGGUGGUGACUUCAACGCACCAAUCAAGGUGCAGUGUUCAGAUUAUGAUAGUGAUGGGUCACAUGAUUUGAUAGGCAGUUUUGAAACUAACCUCUCCCAACUACAAAAGGCAGGUGGCAGCUCUCCGAUGGAAUUUGAGUGUAUUCAUCCUGAAAAGAAGAGAAAGAAGAAGAGCUACAAAAACUCUGGCAUCAUUAGAGUAAAAUCCUGCAAAAUUGAAAUGGAAUAUUCUUUCCUGGAUUACAUCAUGGGGGGCUGCCAAAUUAAUUUCACUGUAGGCAUAGAUUUCACCGGCUCCAAUGGAGUUCCAAAGUCACCAGAUUCUCUUCACUAUAUCAGUCCAAAUGGGAUAAAUGAAUAUCUCACUGCCAUCUGGAGUGUUGGGAAUGUGGUCCAGGAUUAUGACACUGAUAAACUGUUCCCUUCCUUUGGGUUUGGAGCUCAAGUUCCUCCAGACUGGCAGGUGUCACAUGAAUUUGCAUUGAACUUUAACCCUACAAAUCCCUAUUGCCAAGGAAUCCAAGGAAUUGUGGAUGCCUAUCGCCAGGCAUUGCCUCAGAUUCGUCUCUAUGGCCCAACAAACUUCUCUCCAAUUAUAAAUCAUGUUGCCAGGUUUGCUGCUCACUCAGCACAGCAGGGGACUGCUUCUCAAUACUUUGUCUUGCUGAUAAUCACAGAUGGGGAGAUCACUGAUCUGGACCAAACCAGGCAAGCCAUUGUCAAUGCCUCCAAGCUGCCCAUGUCUAUCAUUAUCAUUGGAGUUGGCAGUGCUGAGUUCAAAGCCAUGGAAUUCCUUGAUGGAGAUGAUGGUGUUCUAAAAUCCUUGACGGGGGAGCCAGCUGCACGAGAUAUUGUCCAGUUUGUGCCUUUCCGACAGUUCCAAAAUGCGCCUCGUGAGGCACUUUCUCAGACAGUGUUAGCUGAAGUUCCUAAGCAAGUAGUGUCCUACUUCAAGAUGGUUGGCCUGACUCCUAUGAAAUUGCCUUCAGAAAAGCAACCAUAAGGCACAUGAUACCUUUCAUUUUCAUUUACAAGGAAAAGAAGAAUACUGCAUAUACAGCUCUCCAAUGAAUAGUCCUUUUUCCUCUGGAAUGUAUUACGCUGCAUUCAACAUAAUGUUUCUGUAGUUUCUACAUAUAUUGGGCAUACAAUAUAUAGGAAUAUUGGCAGUUCUUACUGCGAUCAUUAAUCAUGGCCAGGUCCUUUUGCAUUCUGUAUAGCACAUGCUGCGUGGCAUCUUACAUUUCAUUUUAUAAGCAACAUUCCAGCUCUCAAUAUGAAGAAAAGUUUUUAAAUUUUCUGCUGAAGGUGCAGAACCUGAACAGAGCUUUGGAUAUGGCUUUCAGAAGGUGAUGGGACUUGUUACACUUUUUAUAUCACCAAAUGGCUACUAAUACCUGUUGUUGCCCAUUACUGAUUCAUGCCCUCCCCCCAGUAGUUUUUUACUCUGCUCAACCCUUCACUGCUUUUUGGAUGAAACAAUCAGAGAGUCAGUCAUGGAGGUUCAUGUAAUUGCAAUAUUCUUAACACAUAAUUAUUUUUUGUACAAGCUAACAUCAAACCUGGUUAUGGCCGCCUAUAUUAUGAAAACACCAGAUAUCAGUUACUUCUUGUACUUCUAAAAUUACAAAAGAAAGAAACAAAAACGGACUAGCCAUGUAUUCCUGCAAUUCACUAAAAAGAACUGACUUGCGAGUGCUUGCUUGCCCCAGUUUGGAAUAUAUUGGAAAUCUAGCUGCUGUAAAGUUUUUAUGUUCUGUACAGAUAUAUAGAUAUAUAUCACUCAUCACAAAAAAAAGUUUCUUUUGUGUCUUAUUUGAAAGAAUAAGAAAUCUCCCUGCACUGAUACAUGCCAAAAUCAAUUAUUGCCUUAAUUUUUACUAUGUCUUUAUGGAAUGCCAAGGAUAUGUUUAGUGCUUUAUUCAAAUGAAACUGUACUCUUCAGAUCCCAAAACUAAAUGCAAAUCAAUAUUUGAUUUCUUCAUUGGUGCUGUUUACAUAUAACAAUUGCAGUUAUUUCUCAAGGGCAUUUUGGUCGGAAUGUUUCGAACUGGGGGUUGUGCACUAAUAUGCAAUGGAGAUCAGGUGAGAUAACUGUUUUUCCUUCUGACUUAGCACCUGGAAAUAAUUGAGGUGGAGGAGGAAUUUUUAAGCAGUUGCUGCAUCAUAUAUCUAGAUGCAGUAAUGUAGUAGCAAAUUCAGAAGUGCAGAGUCCCCUCAUGAUAGUCACAGCCACACCCCCUCCCCCCAUUUUUUGCUGCUAGGCUGAGAAUGUGAUCCUUGUUAUGCCAUCUUCCACAACAACAGACAUUCUUAGCAGCCAUUCAGCAUGAAAGGGGAGAGUGUUAGCUACUGAGAAGAGUCUUCUUGGUGGCUGACUCACCUCUUUUUACUCUGAUUGGCUCCCAUCAGCAGAAAAGGAAAAGGAAGCAUGUUAGACGACUUUUCUCAGUGUCGUAACACACUCCCUUUUCAUGCUGAUUGGCUUGUAGGAUGCUGCUGGGACAGUGCUUCCAAAAAGUUAAGGGGUCUAAGACACCACCACCCCCAAGACCCUGGACGAUUACAUCCCUGCCCAGGUGACCUUUACUGCAAUAUCUGCAAUCGUGUGGUUUCAGUUUUAGCAAAAGCUUGCAUGCCUGCUUUAGACAACAUAUUCUAGCUGUAUUUUUUGAAAAUGCAUUCCAUGUUUCUUACUACUUUUAGAUUUCAGCACUUUCAGACAAAGUUUAAAUCUUUAAGGGAAACAAUAUAUGGAGAACUUCACUAUUUAAUAGUACCAAGUAUUACUAAUCUCCAAAAUUUAAAAAAACUCUGCUCUUAGAGUUAAAUCCCUGCAGAAUGCCUAAAGAACAUCUUCUUUUGAAACUGAGUUUGAUCCAUACAGAACAAUUUUCUCAUUCAGCAGCUAAAUAAAUCAGACAUAUCAAGUUGCAGAUGUUUCAAUUACUGCAUGAAAGUAGCAUUCAACAUUUUUAAUGCUUUGCAUUAAAAAAAACUUUUUCUUUCAAGUAGAAAAUUUAGCAGAGCAUUUUUUAAACUUGGGAGAACAUUAAAAAAUGAUACCUGCCCCCAGAAGUCUGCUACCAUGUCAGGAUGCUGCUAUCAUAUUCUGCUGCAUGUAUAUGCAACACCUAAUAUAAGUCCUAGAGAGUAUUCUGAUGGGAAGCUUUCCAUUUCUAAUCUUUUAAAAAGGCACUGUCUGCAGAAGGAAUUAAACUCUAAUGUGAUUAGAAAAACUCAAUAGUAAAAAAGCUAUAUGAGACUAUAAUGAAAGCUGUUCUAGCCUGUAUUAAUCACUGAGGAUGACUGAUACAAUGCUUACAUUGUAAUAUCACUUAUUACUGUAGUUAUGAAAUAAGUUGUUCAUAUUUCCAUUUUGCAAAUAGUGACUUUUCCAAAGCUAAACAAUGAUUUCAUGGCUAAGCAGGAACUUGCUGAAGUCAAACACUGAUCCAUGUUGGGUAAGAGUGCAAACACGUGUCUUUCCUUAUGAAGGCUGUCAUUCUUGUAUAGUAUUCCUGACUUUCUGUGGAUGCUUUUCAUUUAUACCAGUGUAUUCCAUACUUUUGGUACCUAGCAUUGGUAUUUCCCCCUGGAUUAAAAUGAAAGGCAUGCUUCAUCCAACAUUCAGAAAGGAUCAGGUGCAAAGAAGGACCUCUGUCUGAGACCUUGAAGAGCUGCUACAAGUCAGAGUCAACAAUACUGGCCAGUUGAACAAAUAGUGUACUCUGGAGAGCUAGUCGCACAGUUCUAUGCAUUCUGGCCUAUUUAGUAUGGAUCAGUGAUGCCCAAACUAUGUGCCAAUAUGGCACACUAUACUGCAAGAACACAGCCCACACUACAGCUAUCUCAAAAGCAUUGCCACUACUCAGAAAGAACUGAGGAAAAAAGGAGGGUAGGGUGCUGAGAGGCAAUAGUAAUUCAAGUUUUAUGAAGCAUGCCUGCUUAUUUUUCAUGAAAUUGUUUAAGAAUAUGUAUCUUUUAACUGAAAAUGCUGGUGACUGAAUCUGGGACCUUCUAUAUGCAAAGUACUGUGAGCUAUAGUCCCUUUUAAGAGAGUCUGGAUUGCAGCCAUCACAGGUGUCUGGGGAGUUCGUUUUAUCAGUCUUGCCAGUCUGGCAGAGUUCAAUUGAUGUUACUGGCAGUGCCUUCUCAUGGGAGAGAUGCUACACAAAUACCAUUUCACUGGAAAUUUGCUUGGCCAACUGGAAUGAUAGUCUGGUUCUUUGGAAAAUGUUAGUGUUUACCAAAUAAACCCUGCCUGUUUGAAAAGUGUUACAUUGAAACCAAUGCACUGCUUGGUUUGCUUGAUUAAUGGGAAAAGGAAAGAAGCAGUUCCUCAUGUAAGAAUUCUCUUGUAUACCACAAAUUUCAUUAAAUCUCGUCAUUAAGCUUCA